AUGUUUGUUGCUCUCACUUCACCUUCAUCCUCAUUUCCUUUCAUUUUGGAUGCCAUUAUGGGACAACGGAAGGAAUUAGAGAGUGUUACCAAUCGGAUAACUCUGGUGGCUCUUCAGAGCAACGAAUAUGAUGAGAAAUCUAGAGAGAAAUCUUCAGAACACCAGGAAGUUGUUGCAUCGUAUGGAUCCAUUGCGAAUUAUAACGCGAAAAUGCCGAUAAGCGUUGUGGACUGUCGAUUGAUGAAGGAUGCAAAUUCUUACUACUAUAUGUUGACGAUUGAAGAUGACUAUAGUUGUGGAGGGUUUUGUUGCACUGAUGUGUUGAAGUGGCGUGAAGAAAGAGAGCACAGAGAAGGUGUUAAAGAACAAUGA